AUGGCGACGCGACGCAUCGUCGCCUCCGAGAAGACCAUCCUCGAGAAGGACGAUGUGGUUGGUGCGAGUCCAGCUGCCAGCGAAAAGUCCAACAUCACUCCCGCCGUACCAAUGGAUGUCAUCUUGAAGCUUCUCGGAUUUACUUUGGCCAUGAUUGUCUUGCCCAUUGGCACCUACUUUGCCACAGUUGACUUUCUUUUCAAGGGGAACUCGACAUUUGCUGGAGCUCUUGCUGCUGUCAUGGCCAACGUGGUAUUGAUCAGUUAUGUUAUUGUUGCCAUGAAAGAAGAUCAGAGCGACCAGUUGGAAGCGAAGAAGGAAGGGAAAAAAGACCGCUAA